CUCGUACCAUAAUAUCACCCAAUUGAACACCUCAACUUUCUUUAAACGCCCAAUUUGAAUUAUUAGCCGGUAAGAUACCGGUUACCUGAAAAAAUGCCCCCCUGGCUUCCUACGUGUAAAAGUUAAUCCAAGUAAGCUAAUUCUAAAGCCGUUGAAGCCAUUGACACGGAGUGACGGAGAGGCGAGGUUACGAAUUCCAGGAUGUUUGAUAAAGUUCAACUUAUUAUUCAUCAUGGAGGGACAUUUGUUCAGCGCCCAAAAACCAUGUAUAAAGGUGGUGGGGUUGAUUGUGUAGAGAUAGAUCCAGACUUGAUUUGUUACCCACACCUUAUGAAGUGUUUGCGCUCAGGAAGGUAUGGAAAUAUACAAGGGUUGUACUUCAAAAGACCGCACGAUCCAAUGGGGGAACUGUAUGAAUUGUUUGACGACAAGACCACAUUGCACUUAAUACAUUUGGCCAGUCAUUGCGGUAAAAUUGAAGUCUUUGUUGAGCAUGACUUGGACGAGGUUGAAUUAGUUGACCUACUCCUUGUCCCUAAUGAGCCAUUUGAGCCACACCCUCAAGAUGAAACACCAGCCACACAUGCAGAGAGUAGGAAGGCAGUUGACGUAGAUUGUGCUGAAGGUGAACAGAAUGGGAAUGAAGAAGAAUUGUGUGACCUUCGUGAUGAAAAUGAUCAAGAAAUGCCUCAAGUGAAUGAAUCAGAACAAGAUGGAAGUGAGGACGGUGAAAGUGAACACUAUAUGGAUUCAGAGGCUGAAUCAGAUGGGGGUAAUGGUUAUAAAAAGAGUGUUUUACAUUCCUCAUAUAAUCCAGAGUCUGAGCCGCCUUUAAUCGAGUUAGCAAUGUUAUUUGAAGAUGGUAGACAAUUUAAAAAUGCUAUUAUCAGAUAUGCCUGCCAUGAAAAGAAAGAUGUUUAUUUCAAAAAAAAAAAUGAGCCAAUGAGGGUAAGGGUCAAAUGUGCUAAAAAUUGCCCAUUUACCUGCAUGGCCAGUUGGGAACACAGGUUGCGUUGUUUCCAAGUAAAGGUGCUGAAUCCAAUACAUUUGUGUAAUACAAAAUUUAAGUUGAGGAUUGUAAGUCAAAAUUGGAUUGCGGAUAGGUAUGAGGAAAAUGUAUUAGAGAACCCUUCUAUAGGUGCAACAGAAUUGAAAAACCUCAUCAAAGCAGACCUAAAGAUCAAUGUGUCUAUAAGUAUGGUGACUAGAGCUCUGAAAGAAAUUAAGGUGAAGACAGAAACUGCCUUUAAAGAUCAAUUCAAGAAACUGGGGGAUUAUGCUCAGGAGUGCCUCAACUCGUUUCCCAACAACACUGUUGUCAUCCACACCGUGAGAGUGGUCCCUGAUGCUCCUCCCGUAUUUCAAAGGAUUUAUAUUUGUUUUGGUCCAGUGAAGAGAGGGUUUCUUGAUGGUUGUAGAAAAGUGAUAGGUUUAGAUGGUUGUUUUCUCAAGGUCCAAUUGAAGGGUGAGAUAUUAACUGCAGUGGGAAGAGACGCUAAUAACCAAAUGUACCCAAUAGCAUGGGUUGUGGUUGAAAUUGAAAAUAGUUCAUCAUGGACCUGGUUCCUGGAGCUUCUUAAGAAAGACUUGGAGAUUACCACAGCCGAGUCUUGGACACUAAUUUCUGAUCAACAAAAGGGUUUGUCCAAUGUCAUAUCUCAUGUGUUCAGUGGAGCAGAGCACAGAAAAUGUGCUAGACAUAUCCAUGCAAAUUGGAGCAAAAAGCAUGGUGGAGUGGUGCUUAGGAGACAUUUUUGGGCAUGUGCUAAAUCUCCAAAUGAACCUCUAUUACACCGCACACUAGAUGACCUACGCAAGCUUGACCUAGAAGCUGCUCAAGACCUGGAAAAGUACCCUUUUAAAUUGUGAUGUAAGGCUUAUUUCCGGACAGAUGUGAAGUGUGACACAGUUGAGAAUAAUCUGUCUGAGGCCUUCAAUAGCACUUUAUUGAAGUGCAGGGAAAAGCUACUCAUACCCAUGUUGGAAGACAUCCGGGUUGCGAUGAUGAGGAGGAUUGGUAAGAAGAGGAAUGGAGUGCUUAAGUGGUCAGGUACAUUUGUUAUUAUAAAAUGGUUAAGUUAUGUACGAAUCCAUAUGUGUUAUGUGAUUGAUAUAUAUCUAAGCAAAAAUAUGUUUGAAUAUUUGGUAGGAAUUUGUGGACCAUUGAUUGCAAAGAAGCCGAAUAAGAACAUUCUUGCUAGUCAAGGUUGGCAUGUGGAUUUUAAUGGUGAUGAUGGAUAUGAGAUCAAGAAAGGGAGGCAGCAGUUCAAGGUAAGCCUUAGUGGUAGGUCAUGUUCAUGUAGAAGAUGGGAUCUCUCUGGAAUCCCAUCUGCACAUGCAAUUUGUACCAUCUUUAACAAAGGAUUGGAUCCUGAAGACUUUAUCCACACAUGCUACUCCAAGGAUAUGUAUAAACGCACAUAUUCAUACACUUUAGACCUAUUAAUGGUGACCUGCUAUGACCAAGAACUGAAGGUGAUGAGAUCUUACCUCCAUUGUCAAAAAAAUGACUGGACGACCAAAGAAAAAGAGAGUGAGGGAAGAGUCUGAACAUCACUCCUCGGGAACACAACUGUCAAGAAAGGGGAGAAUAAUGACUUGCACAAUAUGCAAGAAAGAAGGCCAUAAUAGAUCAACUUGCCCUACCACUUCUACUUCCACACGUGCUGCUGCUACUAGAGGCAAAGGAAGAGGGAGAGCUGGUGGUAAGCGAGGUGAGCCGGAGGUCAAUAAUGGGGGCACAAGCUGAUGAAAGUGAAGGAAUUGCACUCCAUGAUGUUUAGUAUUGAUUUAGACUUAGUAAUGAACGCUUGGAAGGUGUUUUUUUGUUCAUGUAAUAUGGAAGCUUUACUAUAAACUCUUAAUUUAAAACCUGACGAGCCUCCGGUAUUUUGUCGUAGUGGAGGUCAAAUAUGGC